GUCAGGGAAUCCGGGUGCCUGUGACCACCACGGUCAUACCCGCGAUUGUUGUCGUUUUCGCGUUUGUUACUCCUCAAUUCCCCAUUACCUUCUUCGUCCUGCCAUCAAAUCCGAUCCCUGCGAAAGGCAUGGCUCUUGCUGCCGCUCUGCAUCUCGCGUCUACUGGCUAGUCCUUGCCUCCCUGCCCCUUCGAAACCAGUCCCUGGUUACGUAUACAUCCCGAUAUCCUCCAACCGGCACUUUGGCGCCUAUUCGUGCGUCAGACAAUCGUACCAGGCCAUCUUACCUGUCGAGAGAGGAGUCUGUCGGUCUAGCUUUCUGACCGGCGUCAUCCCCGCGCCUCAUUGGCCCCCAAGCUUGUCCAACGUUUCAUUGUGAGCUCGGCCGCCCCAGGCCUACGCUAAGAGUCCGCCUCAUGGUCUUGCGAAAGCGAGCUCCGCCACGCCUUCAAAGCCUUACCCAAGGGAACGACCGUCCAGGUUCCCGUUAUCCCAACUCCAAACUCUCGCCCACUUCCAAAUCUCUAUCAUCUUCAUCGCCCAAGCGCUUGACUCGCCCGCGACGGGCUCAAAGCUCUCCCCAACCUCACCGGGUUGCUUCCCAGGAAUCGGUCUUCUCUCCUGAUCUCAACACCUCCCCGGCUUUUGACCUGAUGCCACUAGAACAAGCACAAAGGUCGCCGAUCCGCACCUCGGCCGGUGAUGGGUCGAAUCCCUGGGCCGACGAACUUACAGCGAGGUUCGGUCUGGAUCAUCACGAGUCUCCCCAACAGGCAACAGCCGAGAAUCCCGUGCAGAGUGUAGGGACUGAGAGGGACAGAAUUCCAGACCAGGUACCGUCCAUUUCAGUCCCUGGUGCCCUGGAGAGACCCGCUGCCAAUGACUGGACACCCGAUCGGGAAUACACGGGACAGUCACCAGUUCAGCUCCAAUCGAACAACCCGUUCUUGAAACCUAGAUCACCUGAACCGAACCCAUGGCAAGAAAGAAAUUCUCGCUCUUCCUACGGGGAGUCAUUUCAAUCUCACGAUGGGGCCAGCGCGCGUCUGGGGCAAGACGAGGGCUACAUCCCGAUGACAGCGCGCUUAUCGCUCUUCGAUCAACCCGGGACAGAGUCGCCCUGGGUUGGUGAACAGUCGAUUCCUGCGCCACCGAUUCCCUCUCCGCAACCGUACACAUCCCAUGACCCAAACCAGCCAUAUCCCGGUCUACCGCACGAUAAUCAACACAGCUCUGCGAAUGUCCCCGUAGAACCGCAUGCUAGUCAACAGACCUACCUGCAGCCGACACCGUUGCAUGAUGACGGCAGACAAUCCCCAGCUAGAAGCAUGAGUACUCUAGUGACUCUAUCCAGCAAUACAACGGGCUCAUCUCAUGUCCUGAUUGAAUUCGAUGAAGCUAUCAAUCCGCCACCCGAGCCUGAUCCCACCAAGGGAGCUCCUCUGGGCCAUGACUACGAUUCCCUGAUGGGCCCCCAGAUGACAUCCCAACAGGAAAAGCUUGCUGGCGCUCCACCCUUGCCCGAUCGCUCAAAGGUCGCAGACUCCGGUGCAGGCCACACAAAGUCGGCAUGGAGUGGGCCAAUCUCAGAAGCCGAGGCAAAGCGCCAGCAAGAGCAGCGAUCUGAGACCUAUUCGAUCAGGCACGUGAAUUGGAUGGACAGCACCAGAACGUUGCGUGAAUCUCCAAUCCUGGUGCAGAACAAAAAUGGCCCCUGUCCUCUGUUGGCACUGGUGAAUGCUCUUGUGUUAGGUUCCGCAAGCCACGACUCUCAAUCGCCCAUUGUAAAGGCCUUGCAAACUCGGGAGCAAAUCUCCCUAGGGUUGUUGAUUGAAGCAUUGUUUGACGAACUCGUCACGCAUUUGGGGCCUAACGACGAACUUCCCGACAUCGAAGCCCUCACUCGUUUCCUGACCAUGCUGCAUACUGGCAUGAAUGUCAAUCCACGACUCACGCUGGAAUCCAAUGAUGCGUUGGGUACAUUUCUCCAAACCGAAGAUAUCCGCCUCUAUGGUACAUUUGGGUUGCCAUUAAUACACGGCUGGGUCGCCACUCCAUCUACGGAAGCUGACGCAGCAUUGGCCCGCAUGGGUCAGUACCAUGAGGAUAUCCAGUUACUUCCUUUCCGCAAACAAGACCUGGAAGACCGUGUUAUCCGAGGUAGCUUGUUGACUCCGGCGGAGGAGCUCGUGGUCAGUGACAUUCAAACGAUCCAAAGGUUCACGGAGUUCGAAAAUCCAACUCAGCUGAGUACCUUCGGCCUGGAGCAUUUAAUGGCGAAUCUACAACCCGGAUCAUUCUCUAUCCUUUUCCGCAACGAUCAUUUCUCCACACUAUACAAACAUCCACAACUCCGCCGGCUAUUCACUCUGGUCACCGACGCGGGUUACUCGAGCCAUGCAGAAGUUGUUUGGGAAAGCCUGGUCGAUGUCAAUGGAUCUGAGGCCGGUUUUUAUUCAGGAGACUUUCGCCCUGUCAGCCACAAUGCUCCCCAACACUCGGACCCAUCUGGCCCAAGGACAUCAAGCAAUUCUGAGAACGCUUCUCAGCCGCAACAACGCAACAGCACCAUGACUCCUCAGGAGCAAGCUGAUGCCGAUUAUGCCUAUGCGCUUUCUCUACAGUACCAAGAAGAGGAGCAGCGAGAAAAUGCGACGAACAAUAGGAACUCGUCUCAGCGAGCCUCGGUCUCUUACCCCCCUUCGGGGCUUGCGCCUGGAGCCGCCUAUACUCGUAAUCGUUCAUCAAGCGCCGUGAACAGCAGUAGUGGUUCGUACGCUACCGCUGCAUCAGGCAAUCGCUCGUCAAGACAAAGCCAGCGUCCUGGCCGAUACUCGCAAUCGCAAUUGCCCACUGUCCGACCGGCAGAUGACGAGGACGCCCCUCCUCCUUCAUAUGAGCAAGCGGCGAGGAGUCCGGUAUACCCAUCCCCACAGCGAAGUCCCAAUUUCACCGACUCACCGAAUGCAUCUCCGUACCAAAGGUCCCAGUACGGGAGACGACCUCCAGGCGUCUCCAUAUCCACGGGACAGUCGGAACGCAUAAGAGACCGAAACAAGGACUGCGUAGUCAUGUGAGCUUGCAUAUAGCUCAGAGUGAUGUCGGAUUUCCGGCUAUGAUGACGGACGAUGUACACGACCUUAUGUAUUCUAUCUAGCUGCCAUGCACGCAGGCGGAUUAAUGUUUAUGCCCUACGACGAUCAUUACGAGUGCAACAUGGAGCCCAUAUGGGCCAUUGGGAGUUUUUUUGGUGUUGCCUUCGGUUUUCUAUUUUUUCCGGUAGACAUACAGUCAUUUGGUUAUAGCACGAUUAGGACGCAACCUAGGUAUUUGCUCUAUGAAACAAUCUCACACUAAAUACCUUGCUUCAUUCUCCGUGUUAUCCACACUCACAUUAGUCAAGUCAAG